AACACUUACUAUUUCUGAAAUGGGCAACACUGCAAAAUAUUAUCUCUGUAAUAUGAGAAGUUGGCAACGCACUUAUUGAAUAAAUUUCUAAUUAGAAGAAUCAAAACGAUUUUUUUGUUGUGUGGUGAUGAGAAUAAAUUUACAAGUUUGGUGUUUGUUUGACGUUGUAAACAAAUUUGCAUGUUUUUGUGAAAUGUUAAAUAUAAUAAAUAAGAACAAUUUGCAAACUAUUCCUAACAGACUAAAACGAAAUACACACAAAUUGCUGAAAAUUUCAUAUUAAUAAAAACCAUUUGCGCCUGAACUAAAAAGGGCAUUUUAUUAUACACAAACCAAUCAGAAGGAAAAUUAAAGAAAAUCAAAAGGCGCAUUAUAAUAAAGUUGAGUGUAUGCGAAAUAGUGGAGGAAUGCAAUAAAACCAAUACCUAAAAAAUAUAUAUGAAUUGCACAAUUACAAAAAAUAAAGAAGAGAAAAAGAAACGCAAAAAAAUCAAACUGAAAGAAUAAAUAAAAUAGUAUUAAUUGGAAUAGGAUUUACAAAAAAAAUCGAAAUAAAUUUUACCUAAAGACUGAGUGAUGCGCCUUUUGGCUGUGUAGACUGAGUAUUAACAAUUUUUAAGUAACGUUAAACGAAAAAAAAAUUGUGUCGUCAAUCCGGAAAUGAGAUUUCUUCCGGUCGCUGACAUCGAGUAGUAUUAGUAUAAAGACUGUUUGUUGUAACAUUCAAUUUAUAGAUCGUCGACACGUUGUAAUCUAUCAAAGUGAAGAGUAAGGUAAAUAAACAAACAACAACAAGCUGACAACAAGAAAAAAAAACGAAACAAAGGGAAAUCCUGUCGAAAAAUAAUCGUCCUUAGAAAACAAAUAAAAAGCAAACAGUGCUUUAAUGCUUUCAUACGUUGUACCAGCUCAGGAAACAACGGCUUCAAAUGGUCGUCCAAUGAGUGAAAACGGCGGUGUUAGACAACAAGUGCCUUCUCCACCACGAAAUUUAAGUCUACGUCUGAAUUCAUCCUAUAAUACUGGUGGAAGUGCAAUUGCAAUCGGAGGUGGAGGGGAGCAACUUCUUCAAAUGCACCAGCAACAGCCAACAGAGGUUGAUGCACUAUUGGCAAAUGUGGCAGAGUCCUGCGAUGAACGCACCCAUUUGCUGAACGACGAUUCAAAUCCCACACCACCCCCGCGUAUCAAACGCCAAAACAGCAACAAUAGCAACAGCAAUAACAACAAUUCGUUCAGCUUGAAUAACAAUGCCACCAAUAAUGACAGAACUUGUAGUGCAUUACAUGGCCGCGAUGGUUGCGAUGACGUCGUCAAUGUAAAUGUUAGCAUAGAUAAUGACGAAACGCUCUCAGAUGAUGCAGUUACCGCAAACGAAAUGACAGCGAAUGCUUUAGAUUCCGAUAUAAGUGAUAGACAGUCGUUGCAUCAGAACACCUCCUCAAAUCCCCGCCUAACGAUGACAACAACUAAAAAACAAAAACUAAGCAAAUUGGGUUCAAAUAAAACAGUCGGUUUGAAAAGGGUAUCAUUUGGUUCCUCCAAAGGCUCCAUGGUUGAGACAUUGGUAUUUGAAACGCCAACACCAUUGUCUGAACAUGUGGAGCCGAAUUUUGGAUUUGGAUCUGAGACAGACUACAAAGCUAAUAUGGACGAUAGUGGAAUAGAGGUUCAAGAAGAAUCGGAACGCUCUAUAGUACGUGUAUCAAUUUACCAAAGUAGUCAACCACAACAAAUUUGCCCUCCCGAAUAUUUUACGAAAUUUGAAGAUAAUUUAGAUAAUUCAUUAAGUAACUAUAAUUGUAAUUUAGAAGACAUCAUGACGACAGCAUCACCAAUACCUGGCUAUGACAGGCAACAAAGUACUGAUUCCGGUUGGGAUAAUCCCUUUCGCCCUGGCGGCGAUUUAUCUAGAGAGGCUGAUGAAAUUGUUAAAAUGAUAAGUGGUGGUAAACCCAUAACACCGACAGAAGAACAUGCGAUAGGCAAUGGAAAGUCACAGACUAAUGGUACAGCUGGCAAUGGUACAGUGGUAACCGAAGAUAUAACAAAAUCGAAUGUAUCCCAAAAUCAGUCCGCACAAAAUGGUACGAACGGUACCCACAGGAUAACAUCGUCUACGCCAACAUCUGGUGGUGGAGCUGUUAAGCCAGCAGAAAAUAAGGGUGUUACAUCUUCAGCUCAAGUCUCAAAGCAAGUGGUACCUGGACCUACAUCGGCUAGUCAUGUUGUUAUAGACGAAAAGAAAAACAAGAAAAAGGGCUGUUGUGUUGUUCAAUGAACGAACAAAGUCGGGCAACAAAUGAAGUUUGAGGCAGUUAUAAUAAGGAGAUAAUUAUUAUUAUUAUGUUGUUUUGGAUGAUUAAAAUGAGAUAAACAAAGAUAUACAAACAUAUAUAAAAUGAAGCAUGAAUGUGCAGGUUGCUCCACAUCCUCCUACUACUCCUCCUUGGCAUGCCUAUUUGUUUAUGUAUAGAAAACAAAAAACAAAAAAAAAAACUUAUAUAUUAAUCAUAAUAUAUACAAUACAUACAUAUUUAUAUAUAUAUUUUUUACUAAGCAUAUUUAUUAUUUAUAUGUAUACUAUUUUGCGACUAUUAUUUAUGCGACUCUAGCAAUUGCAACAAUAACAACUCAAAAAUAACAAAAAAAAAAACAAAAUUUAAAUCUAAAUUCAAUUGCAGCAAAUUUAUUAUGUAUUUACAUGUAGUAGAAAUUCAUAUAUAGUCCAGUAUAUGAUACACAUACACUCUACUACACAUUGAGCAGCUUGUUUCCUCAUGAUCAGUUGAGAUGAUUUCGUUUUUUAUUCAAUUCUUUUUAUGUGAGUGUAUUUGUUUUUCCUUAGGCAUAUUAUAAUACCCUUAUUCUAUAAAUCAAACGUUCGUUCUGUUAACGUUAAUAACAUAGAGACGAUAUACUCUUUUUUUCAAACAAAAAUAACACAAAUAGCGUGACACAACAAUAUAAGGUAAAAUCAGUAGAAAAUAAAUUCUCAAUUAUACAAUUCUUCUGACGUCAAACUAAAGAAAAUACGAAAAAAAUCAAAAUAUGACUUUAUAGGGGUAAAUAUUGAAAACUCUCUCUAGUGAUUCUACCUUCUACAAUUAUUGUAUCAUGACAAAUAGUAAGGGUCCUCAUUUAAACGCUUAAAUGUCUCGCAAGCUGUACAAUCUGUUCAUUUUUACACUCUCGCAAAUGAACUGUCAAAAACUGUAUAGAAAUUCGUUUGCACAACUCCGAUAAAUUUGAGCGAUAAUUUAGACUCGCAAACUUGAAUUUAUUGUGCAUUUGAUGAAUCAGCUGCUUUUGUUUACUUUUAUUUAUAAGAAAUAAAAAUCAAAUAAAAUAUACAAAUUUUGUGCAUGUGAAAAUUGUGUUACUUUGGAACAGAAUGAUUGGAUAAAAAGGCAUUGUGUAUGAAAACAUUAACCAACAGCUAGAACAUAAACAAAAUCUUCCAAACUAUGUGUACCACCAUUUGUUCCAAAGAUUCAACAUUAAGCGUUUAAAUGAGUACCCUUAAUAUUUGGAAUACUAUCGUGUAAAAAAUAAAUGUUUUUCGAAACGAUUUUUUGAAAUACCGAAUGAUUUCAAUAAUAUUUUAAAUUUGAUAAGUGUUAAUACUCAGUAUUGCCGUCUAUAAAUACCUUAAAAAAUAUUUUUAAUUAAAAUACACAAAAAAAUUAUUCACAGGAACAAAAAACAUCCAUUAUAUUUUUGUUCGACAUUUGGUAAAAAAUUCGUUGGUUUUAACAUUUUAUCGAAUUGAUUUUUGAAAUGUGACAACAUGAAUAACUAUUAAAAUUUCGUACUUUUAAAAUAAAUUAUCACAAUAUAUUGGUGCACAGGAUCGAAUCACACAAUAAUCAAAAUUUAAAUUCCAAAACAAACUUAUUUUUUUUAAUUUGUCAAAUAAUUUUUGUUGCCAUUUCAAAGCAAAAAAAGAUUAAGUAUAGCACAAUUUUUUUUUAAUUAACUCAGCAUUAAAAAAAGAUGUAUUUGCCGAUUUUGAAUUGUUUUCCAAAUUCAAAAAUCAGGUACGUUACAGAACAUAAAAUUUCGUAUGUUAACGCUAACGCUCUUGUUUAACAGAACAUUAACAGAACGAACGAAUAAGGGUAUAAAUUGUAUCUACUUACAUAUGUAUAUGUAUUGAUUGAUUGAUGUAGAUCUUAUUUUUAUUGUGUAUAUGUAUGUAUGUUAACACAUACAUACACUAAUACCGUUAGUUAUUUAUUUUAUAUUUAUUAAUUUACACCAGCUCCUUCCUUCCUACCUCCCUCUCCUUUCCUUUCCUCUCUACCUAUACUCCAUAUUUUAAUUUCCAUUAAUUUUUCGUUUUUGUUUCGUAAAAGUCUAUUAGGUACAUGAACAAAAAUUAAAAAAAAAAAUAAAUAAAAAAAUCGCAUUUAAUAAUACAAAAUACUUAUUGCACAUACUUCUACAUAUACAUACAUACAAACCAACCGACCGACCGACAAAAUGAUACAAAUAUAUAGUGGUACAUGCAUAUAUAAAGCAUUCAAAUGAUCAAAAGAUAUGUUAGAUAUAUAUUUAUUUAUUUUAAAACAAAAGAAGAAGAAAAAACAGAGGCAAAAUACAUAUGCAAACGCCUUUGAGAGAGAUGGAUGGUGUUGGCAAUGGAAAAGAAAGUAAAUAAGUAUUUAAAAACGAAUAAAUAAAAAAAUAUAAAUAAAAUUGCAUUGUAUGUAUGUAAAUGUGCAUACUAGCACAAGCAAGUAAGCCAGCAAGCAAACAAACAAACAAACAAAACAAAACAGCAAACAAAAUAUUAACAAAAAUUAAAAGAAGAUGUAAUAAAAACAAAUUCAAUAUUUAAUAUUGUAAAUUUCAAAUUCUAUGUUAAGUUAUGUAUGAAAAAACAAAAAAAUCUUAAAUAAAAUGAAAACAGAAACUCCGAUAAAAUAUAA